AUGGAUACUUUAAUCCCUACUACUUCCUCCCAAGCCUAUGCACAAAAGAACGGAGUGUCAGUGUCGACAGCCUCACUGCUGAUCGGUAUUCUGAACGGACCGAGUGCACUCGGACGAGUGUCGGGUCUGGCGAGCGACGACAUCGGUGAUAUCAACACGCUCCUCAUCUCGACCAAUUGCGUUUCGCUGAGUAUCCUGAUCGUAUGGAUAUUUACCGGCACAUCCGUCCCCAUGAUGACUACCUCCUGUAUCCUCUACGGUUUCUUCUCUGACUCCUUUGUUCGCCAUCGUCUCCACCGUCGCCGCUCAUCUCUAUGUCAAGGGAUCAACCGCCGUCUACUGCAGCUCUGGGUUGGCUUUGUCAUGGCUGUCAGCGUCGUUUCGACCGUCGUCCUCAAGUUCGUGAAGAACUCCAAGCCAUAA